GACGUCGCCAGGGGUUCCUGCUUCUUGCUCUGUACUGCGGCAUAGACCCUUUCAAGCAAAGUUUAAUUUCUGGGUUGCCAGACUUUGAGGCUACCAUACCAACAUGCCUCCAUGGUCCACUGUUCCAAAGGAGAAGGACACUCAAAACUUGCUGCAAAAAUCUGGCACCAAGUUCUUGAACAAGGCUCAGGGUCCUGAUAAUAAGCAUGGCCUUCGACCCUCUAAGACGCGGCCCCUACACUGGGGUUGCUGGUGGCAAAUGGCCGGGUGAGAAGUGAAAUGAUUUUGCUUAUACUUCUAGCAAUAGGUCAGUUGAGUUCUUGCUCAUGGUUUUUUGUUUUUGUGCUCUUUUCUUUUUUUCCCGCACAAGUUAGGUUUCUUCAGUCCUUAAAUCUUUCAUGAGGUAAUACAGUGCUAUUUUUUGUUGAUACAUUCAACUACAUUGGCAAUGUCAUCCAUCAAUAAGGCAGAAGAGAGAAGUUGUGCUUAAUGAACAAAAUGAUCUGAACUCAAUGAAAUUGUUUUGGAUUCUGGUUGGUGCUAUGUAACCCAAAGCCAUCGCCUUUGAAUUACCUGCCAAAUGAACACAAACUGUGGCAGACCAUUGGCUCUCAGGUUUGACAAGAAAACUGGCGAGUUAUA